UGGAUUCAAUUAACACCGUGUUCGGGUGAAGACUUUAUGAAAUCGAGGUCGUAGUAUGGUGGUUUAGCGGGUAUGGAUUGGAAGCAGUACCGGCUCGUACCCAAGAACAAGAACAUGGAUUAUGGCUUCCUGCUUUUGCUCCUCUUCUUCCAUAUCUUCCUUCCUCACUCCUCUGGUAAACCCAGUGGAGUGUGUGUUUCUCAAGGAGGUCGUUUUCCUCCCUUCAAAUCAGAGGGUAGCACUCCCAAAAAGGGUCCUAAAGAUUUGACUCUUUGCCGGAUCUUUCGCAAAAAGACUUGCUGCGAUGUAACCCAUACACAUCCUGCACUUCUGUCUGUAAGGAAGCUUGCUUCUACUGGGGAAGCUAGCCAAGAGUGCUUGCACUUAUGGGAACUGUUGGAAUGUUCCAUAUGCGAUCCACGUGUUGGUACUCAGCCUGGACCUCCUCUUAUUUGUGCAUCUUUAUGCGAGAGAAUUUAUGAGGCAUGCUCAAAUGCAUACUUCUCUAUGGAUGUGAAAACACAGAUUCUAGCACCUUGUGGAGUAAAUGACUUUGUAUGUGGUAGGGCUGCUGAAUGGGUCUCCAAUGGUACAGAUCUUUGUCUUGCUGCAGGUUUUCGAGUGAAACCAUCCGAAUCCGAUAUUGUACAUAUUGCCUCAGAAGAAACUUCUUGCUAUGGUGAUAAAGCAAGUCUAGGUUCUGUUGCCGAUUCAUGGAAGGCUUCACAAUUUGAGUUGACUCGGAAAGGUGAGAGCUUGAGGAUGUUGGAUGAUUUCCAGCAAUGGGUGAGGGAAAUGCCAUUUGGUGAAAAAGUUUCUUGGGCUAUAGGAGGGAUGGUUCUAACAGCAGGCUUGGUGUUUAUAAGGCCUAUAAUUAUUGUUGGAAUGAUGCUUAUCUUCUAUUUAUAUAUGCUACUCAUGUAGCAAAAGGAAAAGCCAUAACCAACGCCAGAAACUAGCAGCUAUAAAGCGAACCGCAAGGAAGCUUGAAGGCAGGAUGAUGGAACAAUGGCCUUCUAAUGCUCAAGAAAAUAGGAGAAGAGUUUCUAGAUAAGUGUUACCUUGUAUGUGAUUUUCAGAACAUAAUUAGUUUUGCUAAUUUUUAGGUGAAUCUCGACUUGUACUCUUGCUUUCACGAUCUUCUUUUUGUCAUAAGGUUUUUUAAUGAUCUGUUUUUCCCCCCUUAAAAAAUGGUUUUUUUAAGACAAAAGUAUAAGUUGGUUAUAAAGGAGUUUCCGCA